ACGAAUCGGUCGCCACGAACGAAACGACCACUCCGUCACUGAGGCCACACUCCACCGCGCUGGCAAACGCGGCGAACGUAUUGCCUUUCGCGUUCUAAAUUCAAAACUCCAAAACGAAUAGCGUAUUCGAAUUUUGAAUACAAAUGUAACGCGAACUGUGUUCGGUUUCUGAAAAAUCGUAAAGUGCCAUAAAAUAGUGAUGUCCUUAUUGGUGUAACAUAAUGGGUGUUUUAUAUUGUCUUUUAUUUGUGACCGUUUUGGUUCCUAGUGUUUAUGGUCAAAAUGCGGCCGAAUGUUAUGGUGCUGGGAGUGUGGCUGGGGCAGCCAUAGGUGGGUUUUUGGGCGCACUCUUAUUGUUGGCAGUGGCGUUUUACUUGAGGAAACUGUAUUGGAAAUCUCGCAAAGGAAAGCAUCUAGUGUUUUCUACGGACCCCGAAUCGGUGAAGGACGAGUUCGCCUUCGACAACCCUGGAUUCAGACAGGACGAGCGCAACACGUGGCAGAAUGAAGCGCCAACCCUGCCUCUUGGUGGGAAACCAUCAGUUCUUCAGGCAGAAUUCACGAAACCCGAACAAAGCAAAGAUGACAUGCAUUUACAACGCGCUAGAGUGCGGCGGGUAAAGCUAUGGGCUCGAGACUUCACGGGCCUGGGUUUGAGGUGUGGAGGCGGUGCGCGGGAGGGGGUACAUGUGCAUUCUGUUCUACGGAGUGGUCCAGCGGCUGCAGCCAAAUUGGAACCAGGUGAUAAAAUAAAGAGUAUCAAGAUUGAAUUCACGGGCACACCGCUAGAGGACGCUGUUGGGAUCCUGUCUCUCGCGUCUCCAUACCCCGUGGAGUUAGAGAUAGUGGAGGGGGGCAGGUCUAGCGGGGCGGGCAGGGGGGUUCUCCAUCCGCUGUUGAAGAGGGCUGGCUCUACUGGCGACGUUAGCACGCUUGAGAAAGAAGCCAAGUUGUUGCAUCCACCGAAAUCACCAAAUACCUCAAACUCCAACAACUCGACUUUGGAAACAAAAUAUAGUAAAGGAGGCAUUAAGAAAAUUAUAACAGAGAAGAUAGUUACAACUACGCUUGAAAGAAACAAAAAAGAAAGAAAAGAUGGUGUUCCCACGACAUUGGAAAGAGAAAACGAGAAAAAUAGUAAGCUAGCCAACAAAACGAGGCAUUCAGAUAUUUUAACUACGGGUUUAACUAAACAAGAAAAGAAUAAGAACAGACCUUCCAGUGGAAGCGAUGUUCAAAUUAUUCAACCAGAAAAUGGUAUUUCACAUUUUGAACAUGCAGAGAUACAAAAAAGAGAUUAUGAUCCCAAACGUGGCAUGAAAUUCGGUAUUAGAGUUUUACCGCCAAAUGUUCCUGAUGACGGAGUAUUGAAACAGAAAAACGUGGAAAACGGUGUCGUAGCUGUGGAAAGAAAAUCUAUAGAUGAAACAGAUAAACCCGAACCACAAAGACAGGCUCCGACGGCUCAAUUAAAACAUGAAAAUGAGACAGAACAAAAGAAGCCUGUUGUGGCUAAAAGACGCGAAAAAAUGGCACCACCGAUUCCGAAUGCUAGAGUAAAAACUAAUGACUCUGAUAUGAACACAACAAACACAAGCUUAAAUACUUCAAGAACCUCUGAAACUUCGCUGUCAAGUUUUGUUAGAACUGAUUUAAAUUCAAGUGGAAUUAAAAGAGACGAAAAUGGCAUACCUCAAGAAUUACCUCAACACAUGCUCGAAGCGGCUAAAGCUGCUAGAACUAAUAGAAAGAGUUCAAUUGAAUUUGAUAAAGAAAAAUCCGAACACAAAAAGGAAGAAGCUCCUAAAGCCAUUAAGAAAUCCAAGGGCAAAGCACCUUCUCCUCCAGACACUGAUAGGAAUAAAACAGAUGACAGUAUAUUAGAGCAAUUGAAAGAUGUCAAUGCUUUCUUAAGUAACGAGAAGCAACAUUCUAGUGUAUUAUAUGAUUCAUCAGUUACAAGUAGCAAUAAAGACAUUUCUUCAUUUAAUACUUCUACGCCUAAGGUGAACAAGACAAAAAGUACGUCACGAAUUGAUGACUCAAUUAAUUUUAGUCAAGAUGAUAUUGAUGAUAUCGUAUCAAAACCGUUUAGACGAGAGAGUGAUUCUCUAAAUAAUUACUUUGAGGAUUCGAAAUCUAAUUUGUCUUCAAGUCAUGAUAUCCAUUCAGUUGUAUCACUGAACAAUAGUGAUAGAAGCGAUAAAGGGUCCACAACUAUUGAAUUAAAUAACAGUGAUAUUACUAUCCAUAGUUCUCCCUUAAACGAUACUGUUCAAUCGGUAUCGGAUACUGCAUCUACUUUAGAUGACAACGAAAGAAAGGCAGCUUCUUUAGGUGAUCUUUCUCGAUUUGAAUUGAGGGCUAAAACUAGCAUGCCUUCUACCGGUACUUUGGAACGUGCUCAAAGUCUAGAUAUAUCUGCAGAUGAUGCAGACAUUAAAGAAAGCACUUUAUCGCCUAAGAAAAGAAAAGCUAUGUCUGUAGUAGAAUCAACAUUCUUCGACUCGACGACGGAAGAUGUGCUACCUGAUAUGAUAGAUUCAGAAUGUGGUGUGGUAAUAAAAAAUAAAGAACCGCGACUUAGCCUGAAUAUUACAAAAACAUCCGCAAUGGAAGGUCUAAAUACUUUUCAAAGAAAUCGCUUAAAGAAAGCCUCUGAGUUUGGAAAUUUAGAAGAUGCAAUCGUAAAAGGAUCAAAUAGUUCUGUAGAAUCUGACAGAAUUGAAGACCAGCAAACAAUUAAUAAGCCGACUUUACAAAAUAAAGAUUUCGAAUUGCAUAAAGAAAAUGAACCACACGAAACUUCAGAUCAUUUGGCUCGUAGAAUAAUGGACGAAAAUCUCAAAGUUCAUUUUAAACUCGUAUCAGAAUUUGCUAAAUCUACUUCAGACGGUAGCAAUAUGAGUUCUCUCGAUAGUAGUCAAGACGUUUUACCAAGCACAACUGAGACAUCACCUAAUAAAUACGAUGAAAAAUUAACAAUGACAUAUGAUACUAACAUACCAGAUGAUCUGAAAGUUUCUCGUAAUACAUAUGUGAACAGUUUAGAGCGUCUAAAAUCAGAUGUGAUGAAAAAACUUCUUGCUAGAAAUCCCAUUUUAAACGUACAUGUUGACCAAAACACACACAAUAACGAAGCUACUACUAGCAAAGAGUUACCACCUCAAAGAACUGAUACAUUUAAAUCAACACUGCAUCAACCAGAUAUCGUUAAUUUUGACUUAAAAUCUUCAGAACCCAAAUUAAGAGAUUAUGAUGAUUUUGUCAGUAAUAUAAAAGUUGGUUCAAAUAACAAUAGUCUUAAAUAUAAUAAGUCUUCGCAUGAAAAAUUAUCUGAUUGGUCUGAUCCCAAAGGUAUUCAUAGUACAAAUAUAGUAACAAUAUCAACGAAUGAAAAAAAUCAGCCUUCCGAUAACCACAUGAAUAAAUCGUAUACAAAGUCUAUUGAAAUUGGCGAACCUACAAGAGUUAUACCGGAUGUUAUAGAUGGAAUCAAAAGGCGUAGUGGGGAACUGGAUACCAAAACUUUAUAUAUGGAACCUGCCAACAUGUCCAUUACAAUGACACAGGAACCAGUUCAGAAAACAGUAUCGGUCAACGUGGCCGAGGACGGAUAUGGAAAUAAAGUAAUCACGCAAAAUGUCGAAAAGAUUUCUACGAAAUAUAUUACAGCUAAAACCGAAGCUCCUUUACAGGUAGAACAAGUUACGUUUGGUAUCAUAAGAAAUCCAGUUGAUAUUGAUGAUUUAAAACUUGAAGAAGGUAAUGUAAAAGAUAUCGAUAAGAAAAUAUUAGAUGAAAUUAAGAGAAAAAAUCCUAAUAUACAGUUUACUUCAGAGGAACCAUCAUUUACAAGAACUGAAACUAUAAUACUUAAUACUACAGAUUUGGAUGAAGAACAAGCGAAAGCGCUAAUGGAAAAACUUCAAAAUGACCCUAAUUUUACCUCGCAAAAAACACCAGAAGAACUGUCUAAAUUAGGUAUAAGAAUUAUCCAAGAUUUAGAUGAUGAACAAACCUCAAGUAACGAUAUCGUAGAAUUAACAAAAACUAGGUAUUCUAUAAAUCCAUCUACUCAGUCUAGCACACACAGAUAUUCUAAUGAGGAUCACUCCAAAGAUUCAGAUGCGCAAAAAGACCAUGUAACAGAGAUACAAGUAAUCACACCACGAACUGAGAAAAUUAUAAAACAGAAAUCUGAUUUGAGUAGAGACAAAAUAUCUAGUAGACAACGACUACCUCCUUACGAAGAGCCUUCUUUAUCUUAUGAACUAGAUAUCGAAAUGCUAAACGACUUUAUCCUAAACGAACAGCACCACUCGGCUAAACAGCAGGCCGACGUGAAGAAACGAGCAAAACCGAACCAGAACACAAACGAACCAAAGAAACGGCACUCCGAUUUCGAUUUACCCAGAAACAGUCAUAUCAAAUUUCGGACGGCCACCUACGAAUCUCCGAAGGGUACAAUAGUGACAAGCACAGAUCUAGAGAACCGGAGAUUGUCACAACUUGAUCAAAUGCAACUCAGGGCUGGAGAUCCACUUGUAACGAGUCAAAAACCGGCGAUAUCUGCAAAACCCAGUAACAUACCGGUUAAAAUGUCAGACAAACUUGCAAAGCCAGUAGUUGUGUCAUCAAAAAUUCCGAUUUUUAGUCAAAAGUCACAGAGUCAGGAGAAUCUAUCAGAUAAAAACUUCUCAUUACCUCGUUCUCCGCCACCCACCCUAAGCAGUAGUUCCGGGAACAUUUCAGUCACAUCCAUCAAAAGUAGUUCUAGAAGUCCCAGUGGAGGAAAAUUGUAAAUUUAUUCGUAAUACGUUUAGCGUAUUGUAUUUUUAAGUAAAUAUAUAUAUGUUUUUGAUCUGUUUACUAUAUUUCUUUUGGUAUCAUUUGUGAUAUAUCUUUUAUGUACGAAAUAAAACAAUUAAUGGUUUUAAUCAGUAAUUAAAAUAAAAAACUAAUUAAUUUCUUGUCAUUCUUGUUGUUUCUCUGUUUUUAAAGCACGUACACUACUUCUUGAAUAUUUUAUUUUAUAAUUUGACAAUAUUAUUCUUUUAGCAUUUACACUAAUGUCUUCCAAAAUCAUAGAAUUUUUAUUAUAUUGAAUAUGAAGUUUUUUUUUAAUAAAAUUAUAUCUAAAUUUAUAUAAUACUAAACAAAAUAAUGUGCCUUCUAGUUGUUAAUAACAAUGAAUAUUUUUUAUUUUUAAAAUAUAAGAUUACAAUUUAUUGUGGGUUGUGAAUGUAAACUAACGUAGUCUAUGGCAAUCUGUCACAAUUUCUAAUAGAACUUAUUAUACACUUACAAUUAUAAUUAAUGCAAAAGACAUUAAAAUUAUUGAUAUAUAUAUAAUUUUAAAAUACUUCCAUACUUUCCAAUUCCGUCCCAUAAGUAUUACCAUUAUUAACUUAUCGUACUUAGUUAUUAUAAGAGUUAUUUUAAAACAACAGAAAUGUUUACAAAUUUCUGGGCCAUUUAAAUUAUUAGAUGGUUAAAUUAUCAAUUACGUUUAAGUACUUAUAUUUAUUAACAAUAUACAGGAGUUAAUUGUUAAAGUUGAUUAUUUUAACUUUUGUAUAAAAACAAAAGAUUAUGUUCUAUGAAAUGCAUUAAAAAAAACUAAUAACAUUGUCACAUAGUAUACAAAUUGUACCUACUUUAUUGAUGU